UUGUGUUCGGGAAGUCAACCCGCAUGGAUCGCAGGAGUCGGAGCGGGUUGAUGCGCAGAUGGUCACACAGUUGGCGGUUGGAAAGAAAAUUUGGCCAACCAUGCCGGAACCGCAUUGUUCCAGCAACUGACUCUCUUGGUCCUGUGGAGAGAUUCCAUGCCAAAAAUUGGAGUGCUCUUCCAGACUGAACACCCGAAAUAAGACCCAAACUUUUGCAUACUUGCAAGCAACACCAUUCUCUGGAUACGUCCGCGAAUAUAACGUAGUAACAACGAGCUACUGCGACCAGAACCGUUGACCAUGAUGAUAGGAAACUUGGCCCACCGCAAGUUUUUUGCUACAAUUGUCUUGCUGGCAGUCUCAUCAUCUCAUGCGGUGCCGGAUAUGAGAUUUGGAGACGCCAAUACUGAGAUUAAGCUUCCAAAACCCUUGUCGGAUGUUUCGGCUACCGUGGGACCCGAUGAUCUAAUCUACAUUGCUGGAGGAUGCGACUCGCCGUUUGGGAAUCAAUACGAUGAAGAUAGACAAGCAUUCCGAUGCGAAUCUGUUUCUGAUGCAUUUUACGCAUUUGAUCCGGAAACAAAAGAGUUCGAAGUCCUGCCUCCAAUGCCGGGUCCUCGAUACCGUCACGCCGCGGUGGCCAUCAACAAUCAACUUUGGUUGGUGGGAGGUCGAGAUGCCAACGAUCAAGUGGUGGGAAGUGUCGUGGUAUUCGAUUUUGAAGAUAUGCGAUGGAGGCUCUUUAACGACUUGCACUGGACCUAUUCUGUUUCGGAUGUUGGAGGUUUUGCGGCUCGGGGACGAGCCUACUUUGUGGGUGGAUUCUCUCCAAACUACCGAACAGUAAAACGAGUGUUUAGCAUUGACCCCGUUGCCAGCUGGGACCUUGGUGAACUGGACAUCAUCCGGCAUCCCAACAUGAAUCAUCGACGAGGCGACUUGGGUAUCAUUGUGGAUGAAGAAGAGAAGUAUGCCUAUGUCAGCGGAGGAUCCUCUCAUACCAACCAAUUCUGCUCUCCGUUGGAUUCCGCCGAGCGCUUUGACAUUGAGAAUGACGUUUGGGAAGAAGUGGCACCUUUGCAACAGGCCCGAACGGGCAAGUCUGUGCUUGAGAUUGAUCAUCAAGUGGUGGCAAUUGGCGGGGCUCAGGAAAUGGGAAAGCUUUGCGACAAGACCAAUCCAGAUCCUUCCCAGUUCCAGACUCCAGUGUAUUCCAUCGAAGUAUACGACAAUGGUCGAUGGGAUGUUGUGGAUCGAUUGACAGAGUAUCGUUUCCGCUCCACCUCGGUGGUGUUUAAUGAAACCAUCUACAGCUUUGGAGGACAAUCAGUCUACUUUAGUGUCUGUAUGUGCCAUCCCACGGUGGACGAUGUUGUCAUUUACGAGCUGAUCCCACAAGAGCCCACGUUGCCAGACUAUGUGGUGAACAUGGAUACCGACUAUAAUCCUCGACCCAGUACAACAGUGGAGUCUCAAAUCGACACUAGCUACAACAGCGUUGGCGCCGGUGUUGGUGGUCCCGGCAGUGAUGUCAUUAUGGAACGAGGCAACUUCAACGACGAUCCUGCCAAUGCCGAAAAGGAUAACUACGAGGAAACAGAAAGUGAAUUUGGAGCCAAAGAACCAGAAACGGCAACGGAUAGUGCCUUGUCUGGUGGUGGUUUCGGAGGCUAUCACCGAGAGAGCAACGGUGUUGGUUCCGCGUCGUCAUCAGCCGUUGUGCAAUCGUUGGAAUCUUUCAUUGCCGUAACGAUGGGAGCAAUUGCAGUGCUGAUGUUGUAGUAGGGUUUGCGCGUCUUGUCUUGAAUGCAAUAGCAACAGUAUGAACCUUGUAGAUGAUAAAAUAAUACAUAAUGAUCUUUCUAAUUACAAUC